CUUUCUGCCUACGACCCCCCUGGAACUUGACGCACGCACGCACGCUCGGCACGCUCGCUCACUGACAGAACACUGCCCUGCCCCAUGGACAGGCGCGAGCUCUCCGUGCCGCUGAUGGCAGGAGGAGAGGCAGGCUAGCAUGGCUCGCAAAGGACCGUCUGUCGUCGCCCGGUUUCUAGCGAUAUUCGAGCACUUUUGGUGACACGCUGGACCCGCUGUCGGCUGGAUAUGAAGUCUGCGGAGAUCAGUCCAUCUCUCUCGUUUCCAUUGUAGUCUUCGGUGUUCUAUUUCCAGGUCAAAAUCUUGGGUUUCCUGUGCGGCUUGUUUGUACUAAAAAUGGCCGGAGAUGGAGCGGCUCUGAAGGAUAUCAAUGAGAUUAAAUCCCAGUUCAGGACUAGAGAGGGAUUCUACAAGCUCUUGACCCUCUCCGACUCACAACAGCGGGGCGGACUACCUCGGGGUCCGUCCGCAGGUGCCACAGUGGGCCCCGGGGGCGGACUGGGUUCUAUACCCGGCGGUGGGGUAGGUCUGGUGCAGGGGCCCGGAGCUGCCUCCUCCUCCAAUGCCGCAGCCAACUCCUCUCCUGCGGGCUUCCUUCCCCCGGUCCGGGUCUCCAUGGUGAAGCUCCAACCGGAGGACCCGAGCGAGGAGUCCGAGCGAGUGUGCUUUAACAUCGGCCGAGAGCUCUAUUUUUACACGUACACGAACAUUAAGAAGGCGGUGGACCUCAGUAAGCCGAUAGACAAGCGCAUCUAUAAGGGGACCCAGCCCACCUGCCAUGACUUCAACCAGUACUCGGCCACGGCCGACAGCGUGGCCCUGAUCGUGGGCUUCUCAGCUGGCCAGGUCCAGUACCUGGACCCCAUCAAGAAGGAGACCAGCAAGCUCUUCAACGAGGAGAGGUUGAUAGACAAGUCCAAGGUGACCUGUCUGAAGUGGCUCCCUAAGUCAGAGAGCCUGUUCCUGGCAUCCCACGCCAGCGGCCACCUGUACCUCUACAACGUGGAGCACCCCUGCGGCACGGCCCCGCCCCAGUACUCCCUGCUGCGGCAGGGCGAGGGCUUCGCCGUGUACUCCUGCAAGACCAAGACCCCCCGCAACCCGCUCCUGCGCUGGGCCGUGGGCCAGGGCGGCCUCAACGAGUUCUCCUUCUCCCCGGACGGCGUGCACGUGGCCUGCGUGGGGCAGGACGGCUGCCUGCGCGUCUUCCACUUUGACUCCAUGGAGCUGCAGGGCGUAAUGAAGAGCUACUUCGGCGGGCUGCUCUGUGUCUCCUGGAGCCCCGACGGGAAGUACCUGGCCACGGGCGGAGAGGACGACCUGGUCACCGUCUGGUCGUUCGCUGAGAGCCGCGUAGUGGCGCGGGGCCACGGCCACAAGUCCUGGGUCAACGUGGUGGCCUUCGACCCUUUCACCACCAGCCUGGAGGACGAGGAGCCCAUGGAGAUGAGCGGCAGCGAGGAGGACCUCCAGGGGGCGCCGCCCCCCGUCCACUUCGGGAGGGUUCGCACCAGCAGCACGCUGUCCCGUCUCUCCCGCCUCUCCCGCCUCUCCCGGCACAGCUCCAGGGGUGGCGGGUCGCCCGCGGUGACGUACCGGUUCGGCUCGGUGGGGCAGGACACCCAGUUCUGCCUGUGGGACCUGACGGAUGACGUGCUGUACCCCCGUCUGCCGUUGUCCCGCGCCCUCACCAACACCUUCGGCUCCGCCCUGGCGCCCUCGGGGAGCGGGGGGCUCAGCAACGCCGGGGGAGGGGGGGUGGAGGGGCACCAUCACCCUACCACCACCACCUCCUCCAACCCCCACCAGCCCCCCACCCUGCCCCUGCCCUUGCCCCGCUCCCUGUCCCGGUCCAACUCCCUCCCCCACCCCGCCGUGGCCAACGUCUCCAAGGGCGCUGGGGCCACGGAAGGAGGGGGGGUAGGAGGAGGGGGCGGAGGAGGGGGGGGAGGGGGGGGAGGGGGAGGAGGGGUGAACAGCACUCCGUUCAGCAUCGGCCGCUUCGCCACACUGUCGCUGCAGGAGCGCAAGUCGGACAAGUCCGGGGCGGGCGGGGGCCACGGGGGGGUGGCCGGGGCCGAGAAGGAGCACAAGCGCUACCACAGCCUGGGCAACAUCAGUAAGAGCAACGACAAGAUCAACGUGGCUCCUCGCAGCGCCCGCCUGGACGCCGCCAAGGUGCUGGGCACCACGCUGUGCCCCCGCAUGCACGAGGUGCCGCUGCUGGAGCCCCUGGUCUGUAAGAAGAUCGCCCACGAGAGGCUCACCGUCCUGGUCUUCAUGGACGACUGCAUCAUCACAGCCUGUCAGGAGGGCCUCAUCUGUACCUGGGCGCGGCCUGGGAAGGUGAACUUGACAGCACAGAAUGGGAACUCUCCCAGUGGAACUGUAGUAUAGCUGGUGGCCCAGCUUUGCCCUCAGCCUUGACCCUGCCCCCCCCCCCAACCUCUGUCAAGAGUGGGAGGGACUUCACCCCCCCACCUACCCUCCUUGCCAUAACAGUAUUGCACCCCUGAUGUAACACAUUAACCCCCUCGCCGCCCUCACCCCAGCCAAAACCUCCCCGAGCACCUCUGAGGAAGAACUACGUAUAGAAACAUGGACCGCAUUACCCAGAAGCCUCGAGGAGGAUGCACUUCCCCCAUCUCCCCUCGGCGAAACACUACAAAAGCCACGGCUGUUCUAUUUUAUUUAUUUAUUUUAUCACAGGAACUGUAGUAAUUUAUAUUGUAAAUAGUGAGAAUACUGUAUAAAGACUAAGGAGUAUUGACUCAACCAGUGAAGAAAAAUUCAAAGAAGAAGAAUAUAAAUAUGUGAAGAUCCUACUUAUAUUAUACAUGGCAUCAUGGUGGGUUGUAUAUCUGCUGUUAGGGACGCCAAGAUGGUGACAAUGACGUGCCGUUUUUGUGUGAUCAUUUUUCCGUUUGUCACAUCCCAAACAAACGUCAUUUUGGUUUUGUCACAAAGACUUCCUGUUUCGGUCAUGAAGAAGGAUGACCAAUGAGUAGUAGGAUAAGAGAGAGCGAGAGAGAGAAAGCAGAGAGAAUCGGAGAGGAAGAAGGGAGAGAGAGUGGGGAAGGACAGAGAAUGAGAGGAAAGAGAAAGGGAGAGGAAGGAGAGAAAGAGGAAGGAGCUAAUGAGAGAGAGGAAGAAGGGAGAGGGAGGAAAGAGAGAAAGGAGAGACAGGGCUGAGCUGCGAGCACAAGGCUGCCAACCCUCCUGCUGUGUUUCCAGAAGGAUUCUAGUCGGUCCUACACGACCAUGUUGGAUUCACUACUAGUGAUCUCUGGUCAGAUCAAGCCUGUCCUCAUUGGGUAGUACACUUCAAGUUCCUACAAAGUGUACUUCUAAGUCCUGUGUGAGAUCAAGAGGGCUGUCUUGUGACCAGGCUGACACACACACACCAAUUUACUGACACAGCACACAAGGACACACCCUGACACUAUAGAUGCAGCCGAGCCCCCACCUUCCCACAAUGCCUCACGCAAGACUUUGCACAGCCAACUGUCAAUCUCAUCUAAACCCACCAGAAAGAGUCUAAAAGCUGGCCUCGGUCUACUUGUAGUUUAUUUUAUUGAUUUGUUUUUUCCCCUGUUGUGUUUUAUGUGGCUCCUAUCUGAGGUUGUGCCCCUCUACUGGUGACAUCAUGUCAGAUGUGGGUGUGGGUGUGGGGGGGGGGGGGGGUCCUCUAUGGAAGGGUUAUCCACCAUGUUUGUUUAUCAGAACAGUUUUGACUCUUAAAUUUGAAACUCCCAUUUCCAGCUGUAGAGGUCUGAAUGUUAGUCACGGAAACACAAAGCCUGACGUCGGACAGACGAUAAUACAUCUUACCUAGAGAUGUUACGGCAGUAUGUGCUGCUUUGUUAGGAGUCGGUUAUACAGGCCAAUGUCACAACACAGGAAACGCUUUAAAUUCAGUCUAAUUUGACAAAUUCACUCUAUUAAGAGUCUGUACUCAGUAUGAUCCCACUCGGUACUGUAGCUCUGAAGCGGGGGCCAACUAGAUCAGCUAGGAGUUACCUAGGCAACCAUUUCCUAUCUGACUGUCAAAGAUGACAACCCUGCUGACUGUCAAACACUUUCCUGUAACUAAGGGGCCAACGCAGUUUGUGUCUGUCUUGCCAGUGGAUGAAAAUAGUAUUAUCUGGGACAAGUCACAUAAACGUACUAGUUACUUUGAAAAAUAUACCGUCACGCCACUCGUAUCCAGCGUUGACGUUGCUGUACUGAAAUCGAUGACCUAUCGAAAACUGACCAGGGGUCGUGGUUCAAACAUUUGCUGAACAACGACACCAUGAACAACCGUUCAUGUGAACUCCAUCUUCUUCAUGCCUCGUCUGAAAGCAACAACUCAAAGGAAAAAUAUACUUUAAGUAUACUUACAUUGUAUAAGUUGUUGCCAAUAAGUAUGUGAAUAUACAAAAUCAGUACUUUUUAAGUACACAUCCAAUUGUGUGGAAAAGGAACAAUAUAAUGAAAACGUAUUAAGCUCUCAUUUAAUACUUUUACAUUAGAAGUAUACUCUUUUUCUGCUUGUGAAGGGAAAACCAUGCUGACUAUGCCAAGGCAAGAAAAGAACACCAUAAUUCCAGUCGUUUUUAACAUUUAUGUUCAACCGUUUACAGCACUAGAACCAUAGCAUGUAAUGUCGUUUUUUUUCUGUGUGCAUUAAACACUCACGUGCGCAUCAGCGGAUGAAGAAAGCAACCAGAGGACAUCACUGUACCAAGUUUGUAUAUGGAGAUCUGUUAUUAAAACUAAACCUGAACGCUA